AUGGAGUGUGAUGAGUUUCAUGAUGAUGAUGAUAGUUAUACUAUACAGUUUAGGAACUCAUCUUACCCAAAGACAGCUUCGUGGGGAAAUGAUUCAAACUGUUGCCUGUGGGAUGGGAUCACGUGUGACUCCAUGUCUGGUCAUGUGAUUUGCCUUGAUCUUACUUGUAGUUGGAUCCAAGGUCAACUCCAUCCGAACAAUAGCCUCUUCCAACUUUCUCAUCUCCAAACACUCAACUUGGCUCACAACAAUUUUAGGGGGUCUUUGAUAUCAUCUCAUUUUGGUGGUCUUUCCACUCUGAUGCAUCUAAACUUAAGCUAUUCUGCUUUUGCUGGUGAAAUUUCUCCUAAAAUUGCAGAAUUGUCGAAGUUGGUCUCUCUUGAUUUGUCUAUGAAUGGAUUUGAAGGGUUGAGUUUAAGACUUGAACCAUCCACUUGGGAGAAGCUUGUUCUAAACAUGACUGAUUUGAGAGAACUUGUUUUAGAUCAUGUAAAUAUGUCUUCCAUUGCACCAAGCUCCUUGCCUUUGAAGUCGCUUAAUAUUUUGAGUCUUGAAGGUUGCAGAUUUGAUGGGCCUAUUCCUAUAGGUUUUGGGAAUCUCACUCAAUUAACUGAUUUGAACCUUGCUGGAAACAAUUUUAGUGGUGAGCUUUCAUUUCUUUCAAAUCUUCAAAGUCUCACUUCAUUAGACCUCAGUGGCAAUUAUUUUAAUGGUCUCUUAUCAAAUUCCAUAGGCCAUUUGAAGUCUCUUUAUUUUUUGGGUCUUCGGGGUAACCAAUUUUAUGGGCCUAUUCCUACAAGUUUUGGGAACCUCACUCAAUUAACUGACUUGAACCUUGCAUUUAAUAUUUUUAGUGGUGAGCUCUCAUUUCUUUCAAAUAUGUCAAGUCUCACUUCAUUAGACCUCUGUUACAAUUAUUUUAGUGGCUUGUUGCCAGAUGUGUUUGGAAAUCUUUCAAAUUUGAAAUCUCUUGAUUUCUCUGACAACAAGCUGCAAGGUAAUUUUGCUGUGUCAAUUUUCACCCUCAUAAAUCUUUCUUAUUUGAGUCUAUCAUCAAAUAACUUGAGUGGCUCUGUUAAUUUUUACCAAUUUUCCAAGCUUCAAAAUCUAGAAUAUCUUGAUCUUUCAAGCAACAAGUUUCUCUCACUUGCCUUUGAUAAUAAUCUUAACUACACCAUUCCCAACCUUAGGUACUUGUAUUUAUCUUCUUGUCAUAUCACUAUCUUUCCAAAAUUCGUAGGCCUUCCAAAUUUGCAGUUUUUAUAUCUUAAUGAUAAUAAGUUGCAAGGUCUUCCUGAGUCAAUUUUUGGUUUCCUAAAUCUUUCCCAUCUAAGUCUGUCAUCAAAUAAUUUGAGAGGCCCUAUUAGUCUUCAUCAAUUCUCAAAGCUUCAAAAUCUACGAGAUCUUGAUCUUUCAAACAACAAGUUUCUCUCACUUAGCUCUAAUAAUGAUGUUCACCAUACCAUUCCCAAUCUUACACAGUUAGAUCUGUCCUCUUGCAACAUCAAUGACUUUCCUAAACAAUUAGGAAGCCUUCAAAAUUUGAAGGGGUUAAAUCUUUCCAAUAACAAAAUUCGUGGAGAUAUUCCCCAAUGGUUCAAUAAUGUGGGGAAUGGUUCUUUGGAUGCUUUGGAUCUCUCUCAUAAUAACUUGACAUCAGUUGAAUAUCUUUCAAUGAGAAACUUGAGUGUCCAACAACAAAUUAAGUGGACACAUUUCUUCCUCAUUUUGCAAUGCAAGCUCACUUGUGAUACUCAACUUAUCUCACAACAACUUGUCAAGCCACAUCCCAAAGUGCCUUGUUGCUCUGCCAGAUCUUAA